UAAUAUUGUUUUGUUGUUGAUUUGAGUUGCAAACAUUUUUAAUUUACAAUAGUUAUAGUUAUAGCUUGGGUAGUAUUUUUAAAAGAUAUGGCACAAGAAGAUAGUAUGCAAAGCACAAAUAAGCUUCAAGCAAGUACAUCACGGAAGUCUUGUAACCCUUACAUGGUUGAGGAGUUCUCCAUGAUUCGAUUCAAUACAGAAUAUCUUUUACAUUACUUUGCUAAUAGGAAGCAAGGGGAAUUUUAUGAGAUAUCGCCUUCCAAAUAUCUAAAAGAAAUGUCAAUGACUUCCAAUGAAAGAAAUUUUGUAUUAAUCAAAACAUUAAAAAAUCAAAGUCUUUCUUCAGAAUUUGAUAUUCCUCCUGAAUAUUCUGUCGUACCGCCGACUUUAGUAUUUCAAUCCUGGGAACCAGGACAUUGCUACAAUUUGAAGUUUUCCUUGACUAAUGUAACCCAGAAACCCCGAGAAGUGAAAAUGCACUCACCUACGUCCGAUGCAUUCCAAGUUACAUCUAAUGCACCCAUCCUGCAAAUGAAACACCUCAUGCCAAACCACCCAUUGCCAUUUUUAGUUACAUUCUUACCCAAAGAACAUGUCGAUUACCAACAUGUUGUGAAAUUUGUUGAUAAAGACAGAGUUUUUAAAGUACCAAUUUUAGCCUUAGCUGAAAGGCCAUUGUUAAAGUGUCCAGAUGAAAUAGUCCUUCAUCCUUCUCCAGUAGGUGGUAAAGAAACAAAAAAUAUCACCAUUCAGAAUAUCAGCUCAGUAAAAAUAAUUGGGCGUUUGGUUGCUGAAUUGCCUUUUACAGUGGAACCUCCAAAAAUUUCUCUAGAUCCAGGCAAAUUAUUUACUAUAAAUAUUCAUUUUGUAAGUUCAGAGCUUGGCCCAUGUUCAAGAAAACUUUAUAUUUACUUUGAAGGAGGGGAAGUCCUUACAGUUAAGCUAACAGCACAGACUUGCUUAUGCAAAAUAAACAUUGAAGAUAGUACAGUACAUUUCGGCGGUGUUAAUCUACAGUUAAAAUCAUGCAGAAAACUGAAAAUAGAAAACAAUUCAAAUUUCACUGUAAAUUUUGUGUGGAAAAUGCAUCCAUCUCGUUUAAUAGAAACAAUAAACACCAAAAAACUCACUGAAAUAUAUGCCGACUUGCUUGUGGAGCAAGAAAAACGUGCAGUGACGGAUGACUACAAGAUUGUCACUAAGCGGUUAUUUUCAGAUGAAGUAACUUUUGCAGGACAAGAGAGUUAUCUGUUUAAGGAUAAAAACUUUGACAUAUCUCCUCUAACUGGAAAAAUCGGCCCACACUCGGUAUUUAUGUGCACAUUAAUAUUUCAUCCAACCGAAAUUAAAGAAUUUCGUACAAUCGCACACCUUCAAGUAGACGGAUUAAUGGAGUUGUUUCAUAUCAGUUUGGAAGGAGAUGGUAUUGGUCCUGACAUUGAGUUGGUUUCACAUGUAUUGGAAUUAUCUGAAGUAUAUGUAGCUCAAAAACAUGAUUAUGAGCUUUCAGUCGGAAAUUACGGCAUUGUACCAGGCACAAUAAUCUUUAAAGAAUCAGAUUAUAAUGUACAAUGCACACCACAGAGCCUUCUAUUAAUGCCAGGGGAUGUGAACAUCUUUACUAUAUCAAUUAAAUUUGACAAGCUAGAAAGAAUACUUGGUGAUAUCUUUUUUGAAAUUGUAGAAUCGAAAAAAAUCCUAAAAUGUUUAAUAAUAGGUGAUGUUAAACUUGAAGAUGUAAAAUUCUUAGAAAGUGAAAUUGAUUUUGGAACAGUUAGUUUUGGUGUCCAAAAAUCCAAGUUUGUUAAUGUAGUAAACAAAGGAGAUUUUCCAGUCAGUUGUAAAUUCAUAGUCGAAAACGAUGGACAAAACAAAGCAAUAACUAGAGAAGCAUUUAUAAAUGGAAAUAGCAUUGUGGACGUUCCUGAAAAUGUAAAACAAUUCUACAUUGAACCAGAAGAGAAAACGUUGGCUCCGUUAGAAUGCAGUGAAAUCAAAGUGUCUAUCAUUGCGAAUAACUUCACCGACUCUGAAAACAGUUUGUACAUUUACGGAAAUGACAAGGACUAUAUCAUUCAUGAGAUUAAAUUAAAAUAUUACAUAAAGGCAACAUUUGUCACUGCAUACCCAGAUCAAUUCAAUUUGCGAACCUUUCUCAUGUUUACGGAGCAAAUGUACACCUUUGAAAUCACAAAUCCAUUGGAUACUGAAAUAUAUUUUUCUCUUGAUGUUCACUUUACAAAGGGUAAAGGAACUACACAACUCGACCCCAGUGGAUAUCACAUGUUAGAAGGAUUUGAGAGUAAGCAAGUGACAUUGACUCUAAUCGCAGAAUCAUUAGGAAAUGGAAAUGUUGAAAUUGUGACACAAAUAUUAGGACAAGAUGAGAUAAAAUGUAUAUGUACUAUGCCUUUUGUUUCAACUGCUCCUUAUGUGAGUAUUGAGCCAAAGUGGUUAAAGUGGAAGUCCAUCGAUUCAGAAAUUGGUUUAAGCAAAAACUUAUAUUUAACAAACCCCGGAUACGUUGAUCUCGGAUUUACUGUUCACAUUGAACAUCCUAAUUUUUGGAGUAUCAAACCUUCUACUGGAAUAAUCCGAGUAAAUGAGAAAAUCAUGGUGGUAAUCACACCACUACUUUUUGAUAUAGGGAAAUUCAAUUACAAAAUGGUGUUUGAAUUCACACAUGAAACAAAACACAUUGAAGUGAUGUUGAGUGGCUUUUCGAGCAUUUCCAACACAAUAAUAUUUGAUCCAAAAAUUACUCCUUGCUGGGAUAUGGGAAACAUAUUUAAAUGUUACAAACAAGUUCUUCCAUUAACGAUUAAAAAUAUUGGUAUAAAAGAAUAUAAUUUGAGUUUUAUCACUGACAGUAAAGUUCCAAUAAAAAUGCUAAAGAGUGCAUUUAAGAUUAGGCCAAAUCAAGUUGACUUGAAGCCAGGGCAGAAAGAAGUCAUCAAAGUAACAGUCUAUAGUGAAGUUGCACGUACAACUGAGGAGCAAUUCUUUGUGUACACAAUUUUAUCGAUGCAAGGGAAGAAAGUUCUGUUGUUCCCAGUUACAUUUAAAGUUAACGUAUUUGACAUGGAUUUAAUAGUCAAUCCAAGAAGUAUUUCAUUCGAUCUCAGCUUUUCUCAAUUCAAUCUUGAUAAGAAUAUAUAUGAAAAAGUGAUCAAUAUUGGGACAUACACUAAUUUGGUAUCAUCGGUAAAUUGCACACUAAAUGAUCCUCAUUUUAAAAUUUUAUCCGAAAGUGGUGCAAAGGUCAAUGAGCUCAAUGUACCAGUUGAGGAAGGUGAAAUUUAUCAGCUCAAGAUUGUCUGCUGUCCAAACAAAAAACUCCUCAAUUGUUCCCAAGUUUUGAAUACAAAAAUGAUUAUAAGAGAUAAAACUUUCAACUUAAUUGUCCCUGUUAGCAUCCAAGUGUCAAUUACUUUUGCAAAUUUGGAGAUUAAAAACAGGAUUAUUGACUUUGGCUGUGUGAGCCCUGGGCGGGAAAAUAAAUUUUCUUUAGAAGUGUUUAACAACUGUUCAUUUCCUGUGUAUUUCUCAUGGCUCUGGGAAACAGUUGAUAUUUUUCCAUAUAUUUCAUCAUCCAAAAAUUUAAAAUCCAUUGUGUCUUCUACAUUGGAUCAAGUUUCAAUAAAGCAAAAAUUGGCGACCACAAAGAUCAGACAAUUAUCUCACUUUCAGCUUGGUUUCGUUAGUUCAGAUGAACUACUUGCAAAAUCAAAAGAUAAGCCUCCUCAAAAAAAUGCUGCAUUGAAGCAUUCAAAAAAAGCUGAGAUCCUCUUUGAAGAUGACAGUGACCCUUUACUAACAAAACAGAGAUUGAUUACCACUGUUUUAUAUCCAUUCAUUUCAAAGUUUAAAACAUCUCACGCGACUUUUUAUUCAUUUAUGCCAUCAGAACCACCCUCAAGUAGUGCCACAAACCUCAUUACAAUACAUCCCACAUUUGGUUUUUUACCUCCAAAUGAAAGCCAUGUUUUUGAUGUUUAUUUCUUACCUCAAGAACCACUUGAUAUAUCUGGUCUAGCUUCGAGCAUCAGAAUGAAUGGGUACAAAGACAUAAUUGAAAUUGCUGGAGGAUGCAGGGAUAAGAUAAACCUCGAGGUUUCAGAAGUUUUUGACUUUGGAUACAAGCCUUUCUGUGAAAUUUGGGAAGGAAAAAUCGUUAUGACAAAUAAAGAAGAUUUUUGGAUCAGCUAUGAUUUGUGCUUUGAGACAGAAGUUCAAAAGUAUAUGAUAUGCUGCAAUCCAGGAAAAUGCUUUUUCUUCCCCCUUCAAGGUGUCAUAGAUCCUGGCAAAAAAGCUGAAAUCACCAUUAAUGUUUUCCCUGCAGUUCCAACGGUCAUAAGCCAUGAAUUAAGAAUAAUUGUUUGUGAAACAUUCGAGUUUAAUGUGAAGAUCAUAGGUACUGCAACUUCAGUGGAGUUGACCGUUGAUUUAUCACCUGAAGAAAUUGUAGGUUUGCCUUUGGAAUAUAAGUACAUGGCAAUAGACAAACUUGUGAAAGAAUGUCUUGAAAAUGAAAGAUCAGAAGAGGAAAGUUUAUUAUCAAAUAUGAAAAGUAUUUGCUUGACUAGUCCCGAGUUGAUGAAUUGGGAAAUUGUUUCUUUCGAUGAUGUUCCAUCGUUAGAAGAUUUGGACAAAGCUAAUCAUAAAGCAUUAUCUGAACUGUAUGCCAUUUCAUUUCCUUCUUGGGUAGUUGACCAUGCACGAGAAAAGAGCAAAACGUUUCAUCUUCCAAGAUUUGUGACACUAGGUUACAUCCUUGAUUUGGACUAUACAUUGAUGGACGUCGGUUCAAGACAUACUGUAACGUUAAAAAAUUGUGGCAAAAUUCCUGUCACAUUUUCUAUUAUCAUACUGCAAGACAAGUAUGCAGUUAGGCGACUUGGUUUCAAAAUUGUAUGCAAUUUUCACACCCUCGAAGCCGGUGAAGAGAGGGAUAUGCAUGUUUUAUUGUUGCCUAAAUCAAGACGGCUAAGUAAGCUUGUCAAAAAUUAUUCUAUCCCUUUGGAAGUAAUAGUUGAAUUAAAGAUUAAAUGCGGUCCAAUAAUCCCAAUUACUGUAAAAUCAAUUAUAUCAAUACCUUAUUUGGUCCUUCCUGAAAUAGUAGAUUUUGGUAUUGUCAAAUGUGGCCAAAAAAGGAUUAUGAAAGUGAACAUAAUAAACGAGGGUGCAGCGCCUGCACAUUGGAUAGCCGAAAUUAAAAAAGUAUAUAGAAAAGAAACCAAAUCAAUAAUUACUAAAGCGGUUGGAAAUCCAUUUUGGAUUGUUGAUUGCAAAUCGAUGGAAUCCCCACCAAAAAGUCUGACAGUCAUUGAAAUCGCAUUUGAACCAAAUCACCAGGGAAACUAUAAAGGUGAAAUCAAUUUCAUUGUGGACUGGAACAGUGACUACUUUGCUAUAAAACUGAAAGGGAAAGUAAUUGAACCAAGAGUUCAUAUUGACAUUACAGAUUUGGAUUUUGGGAGGGUUGUACCAUUCCAAAGCAUUCUGGAGAAGACAGUGACACUCACAAAUCCAUGUCCAUUCCCUAUUGAGGUGUUUUCUCCUACGAUUGACAAGCAGUUCCAAUUUGAGAACAAAGUAAUAAAUAGUUUACUCAGGUACUACAAAACAGAUGAACUUUAUGUUCCAAGUGAGAUAUACAAAUCAUCGAUGAGCCAAGAUUUUUUGACUUUAUAUGAAAUGUUAAUAACUAAAGCCAAAGAAUUCUUCUAUAUUUUAAAUGAAGAAAUGUUUGGAGAGAUUGACAAUGAUCAAAUUGUCAAUGAUUAUCUCUCUGCACUUGAAGAAAACCCUUCUCUGCCGACUGAAGAUUUAAUUAAAACAUUGACAUCAAGAAAAGCUUUGGUAGAUCAUAGUAAGAACAGCUCGAUAGUGGUUGUGAUUGGUUUUCCAAAAACAGAUCAUGUAUAUAUUGUCAAUAAGAUGGCAAAAAAAUUGGGAAUGACUGCGAUGUCUUUAGAUCAAUUGAUAAUUGAGGAAAUUGCUCUUUCUAAUAGCCCAGAAGCAAUUGAAGUGAGAGCGAUUAUAAACAGCGCUUACAUGACAUACUUGUCAAAGCAUUCAGACACUUUGCCAUCCACAUUAAACACGCCAGAUUUUGAAACAGACGCAUAUCAUAGCCUUCCAGAAUGGCAGAAAUUGGAAAUAAUGCAGAUCAAAGUGGAAGUUCUGUCAAAGGAUAAUAGUACCAAUGCUCAAAUGUCAUUAGGAGUAGAUUUAUUCAAAAAAGGAAAGUUGCAGACAAAGUUAAAAAACUCUAGAAAAUCAUCAACUCCAUCAUCUUCAGUGAAGAAAGAUAAUGAAAAUAUUCUCUUUUCACAAAGUCUUUCUUUAACAUCACGAAACUUGCACGACUCUACAUUUUUAUCAAUUCCAACUGAACUUUUAACAAAACUAAUAAAAAAUAGGAUAAGAAAGAUGGUUCCAUUUAAGGGACUUAUAAUAGAACAAAUAGUAGGACUGUUUGUUAAAGACUUGCUCACAGGAACAAAAAUAUGUAUUAAAAUAGGGGAGGAAAUGAAAAGAAUACAUUUUCUCAUUUUACACAAUACAGUAGAAUCAGCUAAAGAAUAUACAAAGAAGAAAAAUGAAGAAGAACUUAAAAUUAAAGAACAGGCUACAUACAUUCAUGCUAAUGUGAGAUUUAAUGAAAUAAUGAUGAUGGAUGGUGAAGAAUUUAAACAACUGAGCACUGAGGAUGCCCAAAACUAUUUGAAAGAAUUGACUUCCAGAUUUAUGCAAUGCCAUGGCAUUCUUUGUAAUCAGGAAAAGGAAAAGUCUGUUUCAAAUAGUUCGGAGAAAAAAAGAAAAAGGAUGACAACUUUUUCAAUAAAAGCUAAAUCACAAUGCAAACUAGGACUGAAGAAAACGCCAAUGACCUCUAAAUCCAAAGCUUUAGAUGAGGCAAAAAUACUUUCAAUGAGCAAACAUUCAAUAAAAGAACAAGACGAGCAGGAAAAUCUGACUAUUAAUACUUACUCCACUAUCGCACAUGACUUUGAAGAGUUUAAUGUUCAACUUACGGAAGUGUACGAAUUGCUUGAUAUACUUCCAAGUAAAGAGCUUUCAUUUGUUACGCCUGUUUCUUCCGUUAAAAAAAGUAAAAAGGACAAAAGAAAAUCGGUCUAUUUUGAACCAAUUAACAUUCAAACAAGUGACACUCAAGAAAGUGAAAAAAAUGUGUACACAUGGAUCAUUACACAUCCUUCCCAAGAUGAUUCGUAUAAUUUGGAGAUGUUAUGUAUGGCUCUAGCAAGUAACAAAAAAUUUACAACCUUAUUAGACCUGAAAUCUUCAGAAAAAGUCGAAGAUCCAAAGGUAACCACUUAUUUCUGUAUUCAACCAUCACCUCUUCAAUCUCGAAAAGAAGAAGAGGCGCCAUUUUCUGUUUGUGAUGUGAACAAUGACUUGUACUUUUAUAAAAGUCAGAUUUAUCAAACAUCCACUCGAUUUGAACAUGACUUGUCUCAAUGUAACUUCGAUUCCGGAAGAGCCCGGAUCUUCUUGAAACCUGGAGAAAUGACACAACUAAAGAUCACUUUCCAGCCAAAAGAUUGUAAGCACUACAAAGAAAAGUUUGAAUUUAUGGUAGAUAGUUGGCCGUUAUCAAAACUGGUGCUGAAUUGCCAUGCUAUUUGUGAUAUACCGACUAUAAAUGAAGAUGUUACAAAAAUAUUUAAAAAUGUAUGUAAGACUAGCAAUGUUUAUUCAAAAACUGGGCCAGUAUAUGAGUCAGACCUCAAGCAGUUUAAUUUUGGUUGUACAUUUGUGAACACUGAUAACUGUGUUCAGAGCCCGUAUCUUAACCCAGCGACUUUUAAAAUCAACAAUGCAUCUGACCUACCCAUGUCGGUUUCAUUUAGCAUGUUCGCCCUUUUAGAUUCACCGUUUAUACUGGUGCCUACAAGCCUACAAAUUGAGCCCAAAGGCUAUGGGUACUUGAAAGUGUAUGCUUGUCCUACUCAAGUCACCAUAUUUGAAGAUGAUUUAAUAAUUUCAAUUAAAGAUAAUCCCGCAAUUACUUCCAUAAAGCUUGUCGGCGAAGGAAUCAAAUUAGAUGUAGAAUUCACACCGUCAAUACUCUCUUUUGAAAAUGUUUUAAUUCACGACACUAGGAGUGAGCAGAUUUUAAUUAAAAACAAAUCAAAGUUGCCAAUAUCUUGGGAAUUAGAAAGUUGUAACAAUGUAAAUCAAAUGAAGUGGUUUCCAUUCGAAGGCGACCUUAAACCAUCAGAAAAAGACACAAUUACAUUUCAUUACUCACCUUUGAUUGAAGAAACUAAAAAAGCAUAUGCAGUUUUCUCGAUUUACAGAUAUAAAAAAAAGAACAAAAUGUUAGGUAAAUUGCAGCUAACCAUGUAUCUUUCUUCCUGUGACAUCUUAAUAGAUAUUGUUAGCAAUAAUAAAGAACCCCAAUGCUUGGAUUUUGGAUCGAUUUGGGUCGGAAAGGAAAAAGAAUCCCAAUUUUCUAUAAUAAAUUUGGGAAAAUCUUCAGUUCGUUUUAAAUUACGGUUUGCAGCUGCAACUAAAAGAGGUUUAUUUGAACCUGAAAAAGUUCUAAAAUUGGGAUGUUCUCAUGGAAAUCUUCAUCCGAGAAAACCAGUCGACAUAAAUGUUGUGGCCUGUAGCACAGUGGCACUUACACUAAACAAAAUCUGUGUACUCUUUGUUCAAAUUUUGUUCAAAGAUUCUGACCAUAUUGUAGCUGAGUUACCAGUAUAUGCAAGUUUAGAAGUGGGAUAUUCAAAAUAUGUGGUGUCGCCAUUCUCAGAGUACAACUUUGGACCAACCGAAAUGUAUACUAAAAAAAAAUAUACUUUGACUAUUAGCAAUGUAGGGGCAUUUCCUUUUGAAUAUAUAUUCAAAUCCCAGAAAAUACAACAGGAAACAGAAUCCUGGCAAACUGGCUCACUGCAACUGAAUAAAUUAAUAGCUUCAAUCAAUGAGAAUAAUUCGUUAAUUAAUUGGACAACAGUUGACCACAAACACGAUAAGAAGUCUCUAAAAAAGAAAAACGCAUAUUCUCAUCAACAAUCAAGAACACCAUCAAAAGGUUUAGGAAUGGGGGACCCUUCAUUGGACUUAUCCCUUAACAGUUUGGAUUGCAAUUUAGGGAAUUUUGAAAUCUCAAAUUACAUGGGCAAAUUACAGCCUGGUGAAAUAGCCCAAGUUGAAAUCAUUUUUCAUCCGUACGAAGAGGGUUCUAUAACAGAGAUAUUCGAACUACAAGUGGAUUCAGCAGAACAUAUGAAUAGAGUGACUCCAGUGAAGUUUCUAGGAGAAGGAUGUGUUCCUAAAAUAAGUACUUCUGAGAGAACAAUGUUUAAGCAUUUACAUAUUGCUACCGACAGAAAUGCACUGGACUUAUUAAAAUCUUACGGAACUCCUUUUGCGGUAUUUAAAAAAGAAGACCUUACCAUUGAUUUUUACCAUACAGUUGUUGGUUUCUCACAAGAAAUAUUAAUUGAUCUUGAGAAUGUUGGGCUCAUUCCUAUUAGGCUCAGGGGAAACCUUUACAACAGUUGUGAAAAUAAUUUCUCCUUUGAAAAUGAUUCAACUCACAAAAUAAUAACUAUUGAGCCCUCGACGAUUCAGACAUUAACUAUCAAGUUCACUCCUAAGACAGUAGAUUCAUCAGAUGCUGUACUUAAUUUAAUUAUGAAUUUGACACCGCCGUUGAAAGAUAUGGAAUGUAAUAUAUAUUUACAAGGACAUGGAGAGAUCCCGAAGGUUGUUUUUACAGAAUACAUCAAUGAUGACCAACCGAUUCUUGAUCUUGGUGGAGCGAUUAUUGGAACUGGAGUUGGGUCAAACAUAAGUUUUAAAAAUGUUGGCAAUGUUGUAGCAAAGAUAAUGUUGGAGUUUUUGGUGAACAGUGGCAAAUUCAAUCUCAGGAUUUCAAAACACUCAAAUCAAUGGUUGAAACACCCUGCUGAACCAGACAAACAAUUGGGGGUGCCAAUAGUUUUCACUUUACCAGUCGGUGAAAUUGUAGAUAUGAUCGUAGAGUACAUACCCCUGAAGGAGCAAGAAGACAUUUGCCACAUGUUGCUUCAUACAAUUCAUAAUCCUUAUGAAAAGCUUGAGCUUCUUAUCAAGGGGAGAGGCAUCCAGAAGGCUCUGACGAUUGAAAAUAUACCUUUAUUCACUAUUGUGGAUCAUUCUGCAGAAGAAAAGACUAAGAACGUCACACACACUUAUGACUUGACGUUUGAUCCAUGUUUACUGGGUUUGGCGAAAACUAGGAAAAUUCGGCUGAGGAACAACAAAUCAGAGAUUCUUCGCCUGGUCGCUCCCACUCAUCCCAACUUUCGUUUCAUACCAACGCUUGCUCACAUUGAUGGAAAUUCCUACCUAGAUAUGUUUGUAGUGUUCUUGGGCAGUGAAGAAGGUGUAAAUGAGGAGUUGCUGUUACUGAAAUACAGGCCUAUUGUAUAUCAUUCUAAUGUAGGAAUUGGAAACUGGACGAGGGAUCCAAAGCUUUUUGAAUUUUUAGCUCAAGAAUCUUCAAAUAUAAGCUUUGACCAUUUGAAACAGUUUUCUUUUGAAUCCCCAAAGGAAACAGAACCACAAUUUAGCGUUGUUGACAAGGAUAAAGAUUUUUCUAUAACAUUAUUUGUAACAACCGAAUGUUCUUCUAUUAAAAUGACUAGUUCAACAACAGAAAUUAAGUUUCCUUCAACCUUAAUGCUAGAGUCUAGUUAUGCAAUAUUAUUGCUGAAAAAUACAGGGUUGGUUCCUAUUGAAUUUAAUCUUCAAUUUGGAGAUGUUAAACAGGAACCAUCCGAUCCUUUGCUCGAAUGGCAAUGUUCGUUUGGCGACGAGGGAAUAGAAUAUUUGCAGCAGUAUAGGAAAUUGUUUCCUUCGAUCUCAGUCCAAUCAAACAUAGUUGUUCAAGGAGUAAAAAGGGUAAACAUGCCAAAAACUUUAGAAAAAAAAAAUUUCGUUACAAUCGAGGACUUGAAUGACAUUAAUGUUUGCAAGGAGAAUUCAGAAAUUUAUGAAAAUAAAGGAUACAAAGAAAAUCAAGAGAUUUUCAAUCUUGAGUAUUUAACUGAAGAUGUGUCUGGUCUUGACCUUCUAAUCAGUGAUUCAGUCGAUAAUAGCCAAAGCAUGAUUUCUGUACAGAAUGAAAGCAGUAAAGCAUUGAUUGUGUCAUCAAAUCAAGCCAAAAGAUAUACGCCUUAUGAUGUCGUACUGGGAGACAAUCCAUUUUCGUUAUCACCACAGAAUGGAGUCAUUACGCCAAACAACUAUGUCACAGUACAAAUAAAAUUUACACCCCACUUUGUUUAUGACUAUUCCACAACAUUAAUCUGCAAUGCAAAAUACUUCAUGUGGAAUGAAGAACCAGUUAAAAUGGGAAUAGUAAAUUUGUCGGGUUCUGGCACCCCAUCAAUCUGUCAUAUUCUUCAUAAAGAAUCAUAUGUCCAUGGCCUUGAAACUUAUCCAGAAUCAACCAGAGCUAUUGAAAUUGAAGCAAAGGGCGUUGGAAAAACAUUUAUCAAGAAAAUAACUUUAAUGAACCCUUCAAAAUUCUCCUACAAUUUCUUUUGGAAAAAAAUCUAUGGCGAUGAUGAUUCAAAAAUUCUGUUUAGCUGCAGCACACAGUCUGGUGAAUUAGCACCAUUUUGGUUUAUGCAAAUUCCCUUCAACUUUAUACCUAGAGAAUAUGGUACAUACCACUCAUUGUGGCUUCUUGAAAUACCGCGUUUCUCAAUAAGCCAACCAAUAUUGUUUAUUGGAAGGUCUAAACAGCCCAAUAUUUAUUUUUCUCCUGCAGUCCUAAAAUUGACACCUGGACCAAUUGAUAUUGAAAGAUAUGGAGAUGGCACCUUGAUAAAUGAAGAAGAGUACACUAUAACUUUUGCAGUUGAUGAAAAAUCAUUGGCAUGUGGAAGCCAAAGCCAAAAAAUUCAUAUUUGUCCAAUGGAAGGGACAGUGCAUGGACGAAGCAAAUUAAAUUUCAGAAUCAGUUUCAAACUAAGUACUAUUGGAGAAUUAAAACAAGCUGUGAAAAUCAAAGUCUCGUCAUGCAAAGAUCCAAUUAAUUUUUAUGUAGAAAGCAAAUGUUUUGACUUAGAAUGUGCAAUUGUGUAUAUGUCUAAUGACAGCCAGGUGAAGUUGCAUCCAACAAAGACCAACGUUUUUGACAUUGGAAGAAUCCCUUUGAAAGUUCCUUAUCAUGUGGAAUUUUUGAUGGCUAAUUAUAGCAAUAAGAUGCUUAAUUUCAACUGGGAUUAUGACAGGGAUAAGGCUAAAGAAUUAUCCUUAGUAAUAACCUUCGAUUCACAAACGUUUUUAGGAGCACAUGCUAAGACUAAACUUAUCCACACAGUUCUUCCUAUGAAUACUGUCGCAAUUACAGAUUUUCAUAUCAGUUUAAAGACUGAUCAAGGUGCAGAAUAUGAAAUAGUGCUCAAUGGGAUUGCAACUAAGCCUUUGUUUGACUUCAGUUUCAAGAAGUUUAACUUUGGCCCUUGCCUUGCUCAACAGUGUGAUCUGAGAGUGAACAAGACAAUACUUAAAUUUUAUAACAAAAGCCAAGAACAGUUAUUAUUAGAAAAGAUCACACAAGACAGCAACCAUCUAAAAGUGUCACUUUUUGAACAUUUGGUUCCUCCUAGAAGCAGUCAGGACAUCUUAAUAGACUUUCUCCCUCGAGAAGCCUAUAGAUAUGUCGACCACAUUGAUUUUCUUAUAAACGGUGUUUAUUCCGUACAGAUUGAAAUCUUGGGAGAGGGAAUUUCAAUGGCUGUUGGACCAGCAAAUCCCUCCGGAACUGUUGUCAAAUUUGAUGAUGUUUUGGUUGGAACAAGUCAGACAAAAACCAGGCAGAUAGUCAAUUUUAGUGUGGUUCCUAUCCAAUUAUUAUUAAUCCUGGAAGAGAAUAAAUCAUUAAAGAUUGAGCCAACUGAUGCAUUUGUAAUGAAACCAAAAGAAACAAAAAUAAUAUCAAUAACAUACAGCCCUACUGUUAAAGAAACCAUUUCAAGCCAGGUUAUGAUUAAGACAAUGGAUGAUUUGAACCCUUUAUUUGAUUUGGUCUGCUCCAGUCUGCACACAAACAUAUAUUUUGACAUUUCAGUUAUAAAUUAUGCCACUGUCGUAAAAGGCUGUAAAGUAUCACAGCAAGUAGUGAUUGUAAACAAAGGAGACACAGGACACUUCUUUAAGUGGGACUGCCGAAGGAUGAAUUCAAAUUUAAAGGUCUAUCCUCAAGAAGGAUCGUGCUUCCCGGGUUCUAAGAUUGUUUGCAAAGUUUCAUUUCAAUGCAUGACACCAGGCUACAAAUUCAACGAUGAGAUCAUUUGCAAUUUUGAAAAUUACAAGGCUUUACCAUUGAGAGUGUAUGUCGAAUGUGUGAACACUCCAGAGCCUAAUAAGUGGACGUUAUUUACAACACCAGUCCGUCAAACCACAUAUGAAAACAUCUCUGUGGAAAAUCAAUCAGUGGAUACUAUCAUAGUUUACCCCGUUAUAUGUGGAGAAUAUUUUAGUGUUGACGAAGCAGUAAUUAUUCCUGGUAAAUCUUCAUCGUUCUGCACUGUGAAAUAUGAGCCUUUGACCAUGACUUCUGACUUCAUACCCUACCAUGAAGGAAAACUGUACAUACAGUUUCCAAAUGGAACAUGCAUAGUCCAUGGUUUAAAAGGAGAAGCUCUUGAACCAAACACAGAAAGUAGGACCACAUGGUGUAUUGACACAAAAACACAGGAAACAAAAUACUUCCAAAUAGUCAAUUGGCUAAAUGAACAUCAACGAUUUAGUGUAUCGGCACAUGUAAAAGCUAUUGACUGCCCUCCAUAUUCCUUCACUGGCUCUGCAUACAUCGACAUCGCUGCAAAUAGUUCAAGAAUGUAUCCUUUUACAGUGUAUAUAUCUAAAGAGACUGAAUUUGAAUUUGAGCUUACUUUCACUAAUCCCAAAACAAAAGAAUUCAUUUGGUUUACAACAAUGGUGAAAGUUAGUACGAAAGGGCCAUUGGGCACAUAUUAUUUGACAAGCCAAGUACGAACGACUAUCUUUCAAGAGCUGGAGCUUUUAAACCCAACUGAUGAAACACAGAGUAUUAUAUUAGAUUGUCAAGAGUCCACUGAUAUUGCAUUAGCAAAUACUGAACUGGAGAAAAAUGCCAGUACUAAAAUAAUAUUGCAAUACAGUCCUUUGGUUGUAUGUGAAAAUAAGCAAGUGAAUGUUCGGCUGAGAAACUCCAAACUUGGGGAGUUUUGGUAUGUUUUCAUCUUGUCAUCUUUCCCAGCCAAACCACAACCAUGCGUAUUUUUCGAAUCGCCAAUUGGUACUGAACAAAAAAACCUCCUCUUCAUAGAAAAUGGAGCACGUUUUAAAAGCAAAUUUAAAGUCAAGAUAAAUGAUAGUGAUUUGAAAGCAAAAAAGCGAUUUGAAGUCGAUGCACUUUCUUCUUACAAUCUAGAAGUUGCUUUCAAGCCAAUAAACUUGGGCACAAAACAAGCAGAGAUUCAUGUUACAUCUCCGGAUGCCGGUGAUUUUCUCUUUCCUGUUAUGAUGGUUGGUUUACCUGCAAAGCCAUCAGGACCGUAUGUCUUAAAAAUGGGUGAAACGAGAAUUAUUAAGUUCCACAACCUUUUUAACAUGAGAUCUGAGUUUGCAUGCUCAUGUAACAAUGACAUAUUUGACGUCAGUCCCAAAAAAUUUGAACUCAGCCCAAAAAAGAAAAUCGAAUUAGAAGUGUUCAUAUCAGACAGCUGCCAACUUCCUGCCACAAUCGAUACUCCAAUUGCUGGAAAACUUACUAUUUGCUGGAAGGAAGAUGAAAAUGUCCGAUGGGACUUUUACCUCAAGGGUCUGUUUAAUGACACUUGUGAUGUUAAUGAAGGCAGAUAUGAUAGAUGCUCAUUUUCGCAUGUAAAACAAUCCAAAUAACAUUUGCAGUUGUACAUAUUUUGUGGAUAUAAGGAUGACUGCAUGAUUUUGUUUUGUUAAAGUUGUAUAUAUAUGCACUCUGGUUUGUAUUGUUUACUGCUAACUUUCAAUAAUAAACAUCUAAUAUAAUUA